AUGGCUGGACGUGCAGAUUGGGUGCGCCAGGCACUGGAUUUAGUGCUAGAUUCAGGCCGACAAGGCGCUACGGCGAGAGCAGGAACCGUCGGCCCCCGCGCCGAGAAUUCGUCAACGGCCGCCAUACCGAAUGAUCCAGAAAGCAUCGCCUACGUCCUGGACUUGAUCAAGAAGCUGCUCCAAGGACGAGUCAUUACCGCAUGCUACAACAUUGCCAUCGUCGUCCUGCUUUUGGGAUUCACAGCUGCCCACUGGCGUCAGACACGCCUUGAUCGAGAGAAAUGGAGACAGCGGAUUCAGCAGACCAAAGCGGCGUCGCCGACUUCCUCUGGUUCCACAACACGUCCUGCAAGUCCAGCCAACGACGCAAAUGACGAAAACCUCUCUUCAGGAAGCAGUACCAUACAAGGCUCCGCCACACCGCCUCUGUUACCCAAGCCUGCCUACGAUAAUGUCGACAUUGAGCGUCUACCCCUCCUCCGCUCAAGGGCGAACGCCUCGGGUGGGAACAAGUCCAGGACUCCAGGACCGAGGGCUAUGUGGAACCGAAUCCGGGCAUGGCUGGCCUAUCAACCCUCUCCGAUCCCCAUCAUCAACCGCGCCCUUCCGGCCAACGGAGUCUCUCUGUUUGUGUUGUGUUGGCUCGGCAUCAACGUAUUUUUCCACUUUUACCGAUGCCCCGUGUCGGGUCCUUACUUCUUUGUGACUGCCGAUCGAGCCGGUUUCGUUUUUAUCGUCAACCUACCUCUUCUAUAUCUCCUCUCGGCAAAGAACCAACCUAUCCGCUUCCUUACGGGUCGCUCAUACGAGGCGCUCAACAUUUUUCACCGCCGUGUCGGCGAAUUGAUGUGCUUUGAGGCCUUGUUUCACAUGGUCGGCAUGCUGCUGUUCCAGUUCGUCUUGGCGCCCGAGUGGCUGAACCCCGUCACGGCGUGGCAGUACUUUACGCACCCCUUGAUCUAUCUGGGCCUGGCGGCCUUCAUACCAUAUCAGCUUUUGUUCUUGACGUCGCUGGGCACAGUCAGGCAAAAGUGCUACGAGCUCUUCCUCGUCAGCCAUGUUCUGCUGCAGCUUGCCGGACUGGUGUUUCUCUACUUGCACUUUCCGACCGCGCGGCCCUAUGUCCUCAUUGCUGGGGGAAUCUUUAUACUCGACCGGCUGGUUUGGAGAUUGCGACUGAGGUCAACCACGGUCGACGCGGAUGUUGUGGUUCUGGAAGAUGGCGAGACCAUGAUGCUUUCGGCCGACUGGACAAUAACAUCGGGGCCACCGGUCCGGUUUAUUGGUUCUUAUCUUCCCAAGUGCAUCUCGGCAGGUUGGCUCCCAACCGACCACGUCUUCCUUACCGUGCCCUCCCUGGGUCGUUCGCAUACCUUGCAAGCGCACCCAUUCACCAUCGCGUCCGCAGCGCCAGGCCACCAGCCGGGCCAACACGCGUGGCUGAACCUCCUCAUCCGCACGCACGCCGGCUUCACCAGGGAUCUGCUUCGCCACGUGCAGGAACGCCAGGGAUCCUCACUUGUCCCGCACCCUCCAGCUCCGGUUCGACUGUCGGCCCGCCUCGACGGCCCAUACGGCUCCUCGCAUGCCCUUGACAUGCUGCGCGCCUGCGACACGGCCGUUCUGGUGGCUGGCGGGUCGGGCAUCGCCGUUGUUUACCCGCUCGCGGCCGCGCUGCUCUCCGAAUCGCCCACAAAGCAACGUGUUCGCCUCUUGUGGGUGACCCGAUCUCGGUCGCAUGCCGACUGGAUCCCCGCCGAGCGCCUGACCGAGCUCGUCGAUGCUGGGCUGGAGCUGGUGAUCCCGCAACCGACCCAAGAAGCCGGCCGGCCCGACACGGUGGGGAUCGUGAAGACGUGGAUUGAUAGUGACGAGGGCGAGGACAGCAUGGUGGGAGUGGUUGUGUCGGGGCCGGAUAGUAUGAACCGCGAGGUCAGGAAUGCUUGCGCCGAUGCGAUUGGGCGUGGGUCUAAAGUGAGGGUUGCCGUCGAGAAGUUUGGGUGGUGA